AUGGCACACUUUAUAGGCAAAACCAUCUCUCUCAUCUCAAAUAGCGACAUUAGAUACGUCGGUGUUCUCCACGAAAUCAAUUCUAAGGAGUCAACAGUCUCUCUACGCAAUGUCCGCUGUUAUGGCACUGAGGGCCGCCGUGGUGGCACAAAUGAAUUCCCUGCAAGCGAAAACAUUUACGAAUUUAUCGUUUUUCGAGGAUCUGAUGUAAAGGAUUUGAGUAUCUCAGAUCCCAUUCCUGCCCCUCCUCCUCUUGUUGAUCCGGCAAUAACUUCUCAAAGACCACCACAGCAAACUUUCCCUUCACAAAGUGCUUAUGCUUCUUCUUCAUGGAAUGCCCCUGCUCCAAUUCCCCAACAGCCUCCAUCAUCUUCAACUUCAUCAUUCACUGGAUCCCUUACUUCUAGUACCCCCAACCCUCCACCUGUAACUGGUCCUUCUAUUACUACUACCUCUGCUCCUGUGGACAAGACUUCUUCUGCAUUUUCUUUUGCUUCCUCAAAGUCGCCUCCUCCCCCUGUGUCUACUGCAGCUCCUACUCCAGCCACCUCUGCAUUCGUUUCAUCAACACCUGUCCCCGCUUUUCAAUCUUCUGAGCCAAAACAAGAAGAAACUUCCCGAACCAAGGAAGAGGAGUCUGAGGGAAAGAUUCUUGAAAAUGAGCAAUCUGAUUCUGUAUCCACACAACCUCUGCAGCAGCAGCAACAACAACAACAGGCUCAACCUCAGCAACAACCUCAGCUCCAGCAACCACUUCAACCUUCACAGCAUCAACCUUCUCAGCCACAGCAAAACCAACAGCUUCCUUCUACCACGCGACAACAGUCCUAUCCUCCGCGUCGCGUGCCGACAGGUCCCGUGGCUGCUGGCAGCACCGAGUUCAAUUUUGCGGAAAUGAACGCCAAGUUCUCAAAGGAGGAAGUGGCCAAAGAAAUUAGUGGAAUCCAAACACCUUCUGUGAUCCCCGUUGAGGCCAAGUCAUCGUUUUAUGACAAGAAGACGUCCUUCUUUGACAAUAUUUCUUCUACUACAAAGGAGCGUCUCGAGGGCAACGAAGAGCCUCGCCGUCGUGGUGAUGAGCGCCGUCUCAACAUGGAGACUUUUGGCCAGGAGUAUGUGUACCGUGGAGGCAAUGGUGGAAACCGCAAUGGAUACCGAGGAAAUCGCAACAAUAACGGUAACCGUAAUGGUGGCUACCGAGGAAAUCGUAAUAAUAACGGUGGCAAUGGCGGAUACAAUAAUAACAACUCCAAUAACAAUGGUGGCUACGGAGGUAAUGGUGGAUACCGAAAUGGUUCCAACUCUGGAGGUUACGGAGGCAAUGGCGGGUUCAGCAAUAACAAUACCCGUCGUGGCCCCAGCGGUCCCCAGCAGCAAUCUAACAGCUUUGGUCCUGCACCUGAGUUGUAA